AUGUCAGAGCAAGAAGGGGAAAACGCCCAGCAUGAUCCGAGGAACAAAACGGAGACGAUAGAUCCAGAGCACAGUGUUGCCAUUCAAGGGGAGCCCACCGUCCUCGAGGCUGCCGGGAGAAAGCAUAAAAGCAUAAAGCAUACCUCUCCACAAGGGACGCCACAAGGCGCCGAAGAGGGUUCCGGAUUGGACAGCCAGCGGACACCUCGGAUCCAUGUUCCUCUCCGUGCUGAUGCAGCUACUGUGGGCUCAGCUGUGGGUCCAGGCAGAGAGUCUCCACGUGCCCAGGAAAUACAGAGUGAAUCGUUCCGGAGCCAUUUCAAUGAUUAUUUUGGCUUUCCCAGGCCACUGACGGGAGAGGGCUCAGCUACUCCCAAUGUUCCCCUACAAGACUCCCCUGGCCACCCCUUGACCAUCUGGAAACACCCAUCUCCCAAGAGUGGAAGGCCUCCAACAAGUGAUCCGUACACCGUGCGGCCUGUGUCUGUACCUAACUUUCCCACUGCUACUGGUACUACUCAGGUGGAGGGUCAAGACAAUGCUGUCAGAUACCCGGACCAAACUCUUGCAAGUCUUGGUCCGCGGCCUCAACCUCCUCCUCCACCAACCCGCAUGGGUCGAACACGCAGUUCGCAUUCUCCCCAAUGGUCCCAUUCCUCCAUGAGAGAAAGCCCUAGCAAGGAGACCGUCCCAAAUCACAACGGAGCGAGGACCGUAGGAAACACUCCCGCGCAGAGCCCUGGUGUUCAGUCACCUACAGUCAGAUCGCCUCCUGCCUCAAGAAUUAGGGCUCCCGACUCCGAUGAUGGACGCCCUGGCUCCUCAGUGCUUCACGCUUCUCAUCUUCAGGAGCCCAUCGAGACGCACAAACUCAAUAAAGACAUUGAUCCCAUUUCAGGCCGAAAGGUUUUAAACAACUACGAGCUGAUCGAGAAGCUUGGAAGCGGCCAACACGGAACUGUCAAGCGAGGAAGGAACUUGCAAACUGGCGAUUCCGUAGCCGUCAAGAUCGUUCGACGAGCCUCAAAGAAACUGCGGCUUGGCAAAGGUGGGGACCCAAAUGAGAUGAUCAAAAAGGAGAUUGCCAUAUUGAAGAAAGCUCGUCAUCCACACGUAGUCAGUCUCUACGAAGUGAUUGACGACCCAGAGUACGACAAGGUCUAUCUCGUGCUUGAAUUUGUUGAGCGCGGUGAAAUAGUAUGGCGGAAGAAAACAGAACAAGCCAUCGCACAAUUUGAAAGAAAGAGAAUGAAUCGCGAGUUGGAUGACGAUUAUACCGUUGCUUUGGAGCGACAAUUCGUCAACGAUUUCAACGAUGGGGUCCCGUCAAGAAGGAUGGAGAGACUCCGUACACUAGAACGACAGAAAUGCGAUGCUCUGAAGCGGCUUGAGUCAGGUAAAUACCACCCUCGCUCGGAUUCGCACUGGAGCCUUGAUUACGGCGGAGAGUCGGAGCAGGAAGCCAUGAUGCCCGAACGCCAUGACUUUGCUCAGGAAGAGAUUCGCAUGUCUCGCGCGGAUGUGCAUGCAGCCGAAAAUGCAGGAGAAUCUCCUCAGAGCGCUACCCCAAUCUACACCAAUAAGUUCUCCUCUGUCUCCCAUGUACUCAAUACGGAUUACUCGAUGUCGCAGCCAUCCUCGCAACCAACCUCUGCGCCUUCCUCUGUGCCGCCAUCCCAACCAGCUUCACAAGCACCAUCACGACCGGAAACACCCUCUCUUGAUGGAACCAUGUAUGGUCCAUAUGUAGAAGAGAAUACGAAGCCAAACGUCGACUACCGACGCAUUCUUAGCGAGGUCAUCAAUGAACAGGUCGAAGGCUGGUCUUUAGAAGACGAGGAAUAUCGAUAUGUACCAUGCCUCACGCUUUUGCAAGCCUUGGAGGCAUUUCGUGAUACAGUUCUUGGCAUUGAAUACCUUCACUAUCAUGGGAUCAUACACAGAGACAUCAAACCAGCUAACUUGCUCUGGACCUCAGACUAUCGCGUAAAGAUUUCGGACUUCGGGGUGUCGUAUCUUGGAAAACCUAUACGAGAAGACGAGGGGAUGUCUGAAGAUGACAAGAAUAAUGUUGAUGAAGCCCUUGAACUUGCCAAAACCGUUGGGACUCCUGCAUUCUAUGCGCCUGAGCUAUGUGAUCCAGACUACUUUGACACCGAAAAGAAUCUGCAAAGACCUCCAAUUACGCAACAAAUUGAUGUUUGGGCGCUUGGCGUAACACUUUACGGCAUGGUCUUCGGCCGCCUUCCUUUCUUCGAUCACAACGAGUUCAGAAUGUAUGAAAAGAUUGCGCAUGAAGAGGCGUUCAUACCAAGUGUUCGCCUGAAAGGUGUUUCCCAUAACAACAAGACACCCUCGGAUCAUAAUAAACGCUUGGAAGAUGUCCUCGAAUAUGAGGCAGUAGACGACACAUUAAUGGAUUUGCUAAAGCGCCUACUCGCUAAACACCCCUCGCAGCGCAUCACGCUGAAAGAAGUGAAGCACCAUCCUUGGGUGGUCAGUGGCAUUGAAAACAAAGACAGCUGGCUUGACGAGACCGAUCCUUCUCGGCAGAAUGAGAACAAGAAGAUUGAGGUAUCGAACGAGGAAAUUCAAGAUGCCGUUAUUGAGAUUAGCCUCGUCGACAAAUUUGUCAAAGGGCUGCAAAGACUCGGCUCUGUCAUGCGCGGCGGAAGGUCUCGAAAGAGGACUACGAGUAGCUCAAAAGAUUUCCAGAUGUCGAGCAAUACAGCAACCGCAAGAAGUCUUGAAGACCGCAGAUCUAGCCUAAGAGGCGACGAGCAGAUUUUCGCUGCCUUGAAACAGUCACGAGAGGGCACCGAGCACCCGUUGGCCCAUAGCGUUGCAGCCAGCCCUGAUCUGACCACAAAAGAAACUUACUUUCCUGAAAUGAACGACGCGAGGCCUCACAGCGCCGUAGAUAUAUCGCCCCAUGCUAGGCCGUUUAUGACCGACCGAUCAAUGUCGACGGCCGAUUCUAUGAAGACCGUCACCGCUCGUGACCCGCUCCCUAGACCUAGUGUACUUGCACCUCCUCAGCCUGCAUCAGCAGAUGAACUUACUGCAGCGACACUGAUUCCCGAUCACAAUUUCUCUACUUCUAGUCUGGGUGGCAUGCUAGGGGGAGCAGGUCGACGCCUUGCAAAGACCUUCCGCAGUCGCGAAGGUCCACUCAACCGCGCGUCGCCGACGAAGUCUUCCCGGUCUUCCUCCGUCGACACAAAUACCAACGCCCUGGAAGACUAUCAUGCAUCUCCAUCCCUCGGCUUCUCUUCUGCGAUUGCAGCUGGGCACGUUGACUUGCCUCCUGCCUUGCGAGAAGAGAAUGAGGGUUACACCCUUCCCGAGCAAUCAUCAGCGGACUCCUUUCAAAGAAUGCGAUAUGCGGAUCAACCACGACAUAAAUCGGAGUAUAGCCAUCCAAUGACACACAGGCGAUCUGUGUCUCACCAGCCAGGAUUUGUAGCUCCACCUUCCCCAGAUGACCGGCACUACCAUCGAAGCCAGCAACCACGGCCUGCCUCAGCGGCCGAAUCUUCUUUCGCGAUUUCUUCUUCGUCGGAUCAGAUCGUCUCCGGCGAGUCGGCUGCUCACUCGAGGAUUCCAUCGGUGGUGAGCGGGGCUUCCUCUGUCUCUGCGCCACCCAUGGACGAUUUCAAAUUUGCCCCGGCACCGAUGGAGACAUCGACGUCUUCCUCAGCAGCGGAACUCCGCAAUGAAGUAACGCCACACCUACAAGCUACCGGCCGACAGAUUCUAGAGGCUACGCCGGCCCUCAAGAAAGCUAGAGCUCAGCAAGAGGAAGAAGCAGGAUACAACGGCGGAGAGGAGCAAGACAGUGACAGUGAUGACGAAGGCCUGGCUAUGGCAUAA